UAAUAAUAUUCAAUUAUUAGAACCAACCUCAAUCGUGUCGUGUCGGAGGUGUCGUAAUCUUUACAAAUAUGGACGAAGAGGGCCAAGACGGGCCGUUCACGGUAUGGCAAAUGUUCAAUGCGCCGACAAUGGUGCUUUUCAACAACUUGGAAAACGCAGCUGACGGUCUUGAAAGAUUGUUAAAUUCAAUAAUGAAGCUAUCAGGUGUUUCAGAAGUCCUGGUACCUCGGCCAGGAUCGACAAAGUAUCCAGAUGUGUAUUAUAGCGCCUUUAAUACCUGGUUGAUAGGACGGCUGUUCUAUGUGUGGUCAGUAAAGGAGCUAAACAGAAUAAAUACAUUAAGUAAAGAUGCACAGUUGAAAAUUCUACAUAUUCUGAGUAUGAAUGAUGCAUCAUUCUAUGACAAAUUGCAUACUGAAUAUUUUUCAAUACUAAAUAAACUUAUUCAGUGUUAUAAUGAUGCUGCAAAUAAUCAACCUGUAGAGACAUGCUUACAGCAUUUUACUCCAGACAAAGUUACAAUUCCAAAUGUGGAAUUAAAGUUAGAACCAAUAUAUGUUCAUAUAAAAGAUUUAAAGACAUGUAAAUCUAUGAUAGAUCUGACAUUGAAACUGCUGUCCGAAAGCAUUACAUUUAAAGCAAUAGCUAUUGAUCAGUACAAAGAACAAUAUGGGAAAGUCUUUGAACAGGUGCUGUAUGUACUGGACAAUUUUAGUGCACACCUAAAACUUGCAUCAUUGAAGUUUUUCGCCGAUCUCUUUACAAACUAUGAGCAAACGGCUAUAAGCAAGUUCCACCAAAUAUUCCCGGAGGUUUACAUAGAGAUGUUGAAGAGCUUUGAAGCUGUAGUAAAGUCUUUGCACGUGUAUUAUGAAAAAGGUGAAGUGGACAAAUUAGAUUUGGAGAAUUUCAAAUCUAUAUCUUUGACAUUGAUGAAGUUCAUAGAAGCAAACAUAGAGCAAGAAUACACAGAGAUAUUAACCACAAUAUGCACAGUUAUUCUUCAAACUAAAAGCAAUGAUGUUUUUGGGAAAGAGUUAAAACUAUAUUGCCUCUCAAUGAGCAGCAAAAUUGAGCUGCCAGAAGAUUUGAUGGACAUAAAAAAACGAGAUGCUUCCGAAGUCAAUAUGCUAGCGGAAUGCUAUUGCAGUAACAUCAUAUCUCACAUUCAGGGCAACAUAGAAAAUAAACAACCUGUUAAUAUAACAGAAAACUGGUGUUAUAAUCAAUUAAUGUCAGUUUUUCAAGAGUUACGGAAACAUGACAGUUUAUAUGGAGAGAAGGUACUCUAUGAGUACACAUUACAUAAAUGCCGAGCAGUUUUGAGGAUAUUAUACAAAGUUUUUGUGCAAGGAAUAAAAAGUAAUAAAAGAGAAGAAUACAUUAGCUACUUGUCAUUGUUGAGUAAAGAAACGGCUAAAGGAAUAUGGACAUUACAACUGAGAAAUAUAAAAGUAUUUAGAGAUGAACUAUUGCGGCUUCCAGAUAUCCUGGAUGCAAUGCUAAAUAUGAUAUUAGACGUGAUAGGUCUUUUAGACAAAUCUACAUUGGCAGUUGAUGAUACCAAUGAACUACUCCGGCUGAUAUGUCUGCAAACCUCUUCAGGGCUUUCAUCGUUUUCAUACAAUUUUGAUCAAAAGACAACAGCAGUUAUUUUAAAACAUGUGCUGGCUGUGUUGACCAUUCUGAAGAAAAAUAAAGUAAAUGAGGCUUGGUCCAGAUUUGUGACCCUCAUGUUCAAUAACCUGAUCAAAAUUAAAAAUGAGUUGAUGUAUCUAGAGGUGAUAUCCAUGAGCGGUCUCCUCCUCAUCAACAAAGUUCUAUCAGCCAGCAAACUAAUCGGCGACAUACUCAUGCCUGCAUUCCUCACCAAAAACAAAGACAUACAGAAACUCUUAACCAAAGAACUACCCGCAAUCUCUUGUAUAGCAUUGGGCACGUACCAUGUUGUCUUAGGCAAUGCUGAUGGGACUGAAGGCCAUUCGAUAUUCAAUAAUGGCACUAUAAAUGUGUCUAUAAUUUGUUCUGAUUGUCAUGAGACAGAUGGAACCAGUUCUGAAAGUCUGACUCUUCAUUCAGAAAGCACCAAUGCCACUGAGAACCAAACAACAACAUUAGGUUUGAGAACCCUUUUUAGUAAAUUCUUGAAUGCCAAUCAGUAUGUAGACCUGAAAAAUACAUGCUAUUGGGAUCUUGUGAGGAGAUUAUGUGGGCACUAUUAUGUGUUUAAUGGCGGUGUGCCGAAUGAUGUGGUGUGUGAAGAGAAUUGUCAUCAUAUUUUGGAAGCUCUCAAGCCCCUAUUGGGAAAUCAAGCGGACAACACAGAGUUACAUGCAUAUAAAGAUGACGCACUAAAUUUGUGUGUAAAUCUACUCGUUAAGUCGACAAGAUCUUGUUUAGAAGAAAACUCAUAUAACAGACAGACACAAACCCUUAACAAUAUAAAGGAGUUUGGUAUUCAUGGCAAUGAAAAAGUGAUUUUACCAGUUACAAAGUUGUUGGUGUAUUUUAUCAUGCAUCCACAAUGUUCCCUUGGGCCCAAAGCGGUUCUGUAUCUUAGAGAAAUAUGCGAAGUACACGGAUAUACACCAAACCAAGUAUACCAUAGGUAUAAGAAGGACUAUUGCAAACAGUUUGUAGAAUGUAGCUUAUACAGUGGGAAAGAAUUCACUGUGUCCCUUCUAAAGGUUGUAAGGGCGUUUGGCUUCGUUGGAUAUAGAGAUUUCAUCUCAAAAGAUGUACACCACUUUCUGCCUUAUCUCAUGCCUUAUUCGGUCAUGGUGAAGCAAGUACCAGCCAUGAUUGAGGAGAUAGCGUCGUUAGUCCAAUGCUCAGUUUCAGAUUUCCUAAUCGACAGAUUUCCACACGUCUAUGUCCAUAUAUAUUUGAACGAAACGAAGGAAGUUGCUCAAAAAUGCAACAGCACGAUAGAAAUGCUGACGAAAACGUCGACUUUGAGCCUGAUUAAGAAGCAUUUUAGGGUUAUUUUGACAGAAUUCCUGUUGCAAUACUGCUGUAAUCCUGAAAAGGUUUUAAACGCGUGCAGGUAUCUGGCCUGUCACGACCCUGACGUGUCCACACCAGAUGGUAGCAUGAGUAUGAGUACAUCACAGAUAGCAGACUUCCUAAAUCCUAAAUUCUUAGGAGUGCUCGCAUACUUUGAUCACAAACUAGUCAAUGCUAAAGUAGCUUUAUCCGUAAAACGGAAAGCGCUGAAAAGCUUUCCCGAUAUCAUGCAACUGAUGGGAGAAAAAUACUUAACACCGUUGAGAUUUAAAGUGUUAGCCACGUUGAGAUCGGCCCUUCCCUUAGCGAAGGAAUUUCCGAAAAUUUUGGCUGACGCGUGGGGCGCUUUCAUACACAACAUAGACAGCAUGUCACUAGGACCGCUACUGACAAACCUAGCCGUGUCUCUGUUACAACAGCUUGAACAUGCGCCCCAAGAGAUCAACAAGAUAUUUCAGUAUCUCGUUAUAAACAACGAAAACUUACUAAGCUCCCACAUCCCUGAGCUGUUUUUCUUAGAGAACGCAAAAUUAUCCGAGAAGAUCAAGAUGGUAGUAAAGAGACACGUGAAACGAACGCAGCCAGAAUAUUUUCUAGAUAAAGUGAAAUGGUAUCUGCACCAUUUGGAUCAGGAUAUACCGAGUAUAAAGGCAUACGCUUUCAGCCAGUUGGAUAAGUUGCUGAAGAAGAAUAGGACUGAGAUUCAUAAGGCUAUAUUCGGUGGGAAAAAUAUAGAUUCGGCUAUCGUUGAGCUUAUAGAUGCGUUACUGCAAGGUUGUAAGCACCCAGACCCCCAAGUAAGCGCAACCAGCGGCGCCUGUUUAGGCCAACUAGGUGCUAUAGAAGCUGGCCACCUACCCCGCCAAUACGUACAACCUGACCGGUCACCAUUCGCUUUCUCUAUCGGAGACAACUGUUUUGCUGCAACAGCGCUCAUGGAGCUAGCUAGGGCUUUUCAGUAUGAGAAGGAUACUAUGAACAUGGACAGCUACGCUCUGACGAUCCAAGAGAUCUUGAAGAUAUACGACAUUUCGCCGACCGGUAGCAAGAAAGACGUGUGGGACAGCUUUCCAGAGCACAUGCACCAGAUCAUGUUUCCUCUACUAAGUUCCAGGUAUACCUUGGCAUAUCCGUCUCAACCCAAGAAAGCUCAUCCUCUGUUUGGAAGUGCGUUCGCCACAACUUUCUUGGAAUGGGCUCACAACUGGGCCGGUCAGCUGAUCCCUCUAAUAGAGUCAGAAAACAUUCGAGAAUUACUACGCACCGUGCACCCGAGCAUGCGCCGUGACGUCAGAACCCUGUUCCUGUUCCUGCCGUACGUGUUGUUACACGCGGUCAUGGCCAACAACAACACGCAGUACAUACAAGAAGAAAUACUCGCUGUUAUAGGGUCCAAGAGCGCUAGAACGGAAAGCGGCAUUUCAGACAGAAACCGUUAUAAAAUGCUUCGAGACGUACGCUUGACACCUAACAUUAAUACCGUUCAAGCCGAGGAAGGCAACCAGAGCAAAUGUAGUAAAACCAUCUACACCCUGCUGGACUUCUUGAAUAGAUGGAUGUUGGAAUGGUGCCAUUCAAAACAGCGCCCUCUGGAGAAUGAAAAUUACAAGGCGAUAUCAAUGUUCAUGGAGAAAUUCGACAAGCUUCUAAUAGCGCGCGGGAACUUCGCUUGCGGCGAACUAGAGCGCGCCCUGCAAUACUUAGAAUUAUAUAUGGGAGAGAAGAAACAUAACAUGCAGGAACAAUUACCCCUGCUGGCCGAGAUAUACGCGCUGCUGGAUGAACCAGACUCGGUCGCUGGCAUAUUGUCAAUCAAAAGAUCCGAACCGUCUUUGAACGAGCUGAUACUGACGCAAGUGGUGACGGGGCGGUUGCAGGACGCAGCUCUUUGCUACGAACGACUAGCGCAAGAGGGACAACUAGACAGGCACAGUUUGCGGGGCAUGGUAGACUGCUACCUAGGUCUAGACCAGCCGUUCACAGCAUACCGCUUGCUGAGCGAACACGAGGCCGAAGGUUCCGCUGCAGAGUUAGCCGCUGAACCACUGUGGAGGCUCGGACGGUUCGAGCAGCUCGAUGAACUCAUAAACAAACCACUGCCAAGUUCCCGAGAAAACUGGGGUGUUUUAAUGGGUAGGAUUCUCCUCUCGUACCGAAGUCGAGACAGCACUCGUUUCCAACUCUCAUGCAAAAACGCUACAACCAAACUAUUAGCACAGAUGGACGGGGAAGCAAAGGGAGAAAGUGCUUUACGGAGUGGAUAUCAAAGUGUGUUGGGCUUGCACGUGAUUACUGAAGCGGGGCAUGUAGAAGAAGUCUUGCAAAGAUUAAAACCUCUAAUCGAUGGCGACAGACAGGCCGCUGAGGUAUUAAACAAGUUGUUGGACGAGUGGCGCCGUCGUCUCUCCGUGGUGCAGUCGGACGUGCGCACCGUGGAGCCUUUGUUGAGGCUUCGACGGAUAUUGCUGCAACAGACACAGGAGUUGUUGGAGCCAACACACCCAACGACGGCGGGCAUCUUCAAAGCUUGCAUAGGCGACCUCUGGCUACAAAGCGCGAAGCAUGCUAGAAAAGCUGGCAUUUUUCAACAGUCAUACAUGUACAUACUGAACGCAGAAGAAUACCGGCCAGAAGAGUUGUUUAUAGAGAAAUCCAAAAUGUACUGGGCUCGCGGUCAGCACGAACACGCCUUUACGACGCUCAGGAGAGGGUUGGAAGAUGCGUAUCCACAGCUAGACAAACUUACCAGUGAACAGAGAAAAAUAUGUGCCAAAGCAAAGCUGCUCAUAGCCAAGUAUAACGAUGAAACAACAAACGUGGACGUAGACGUGAAUAUCGGGUAUUACAAAGAAGCCGUCGAUGUCUUCAAGCAGUGGGAAAAGAGCUUGGUGUGUUUAGGCGCGUACUACGAGAAAGUGAGCAAUAGUGAGACGACAGGCAGCGGCAGCCCCAACUGGUCGCGAAAGCUAUACGCCCUGAACAGCUACGGGAAAGCGCUUCAGUACGGGCACAAGUAUCUGUACCAGAGUAUGCCUAGGAUGCUGUCUAUAUGGUUGGACGUAGAAGUGACGUCAUCAGACACGAGCAUCCACGCAGUCCUCGCGCAGAUGACGGAAGUAAUAAAGACAUACUCGGAGAGACUGCCCCUAUACUUGUAUCUGACUGCCUUCUCGCAAAUUGUGUCCAGAAUUUGCCAUCCUGUGAAAGAAGUAUACCUCCAACUGAAAGCAAUAAUAGUAAAGCUAAUAAUCGCGUACCCGCAACACACCCUCUGGAUGAUGAUGUCUGUGAUCAAGUCCGCGUAUCCGCAACGCAUCAAGCGCUGCAGCGACGUGUUCACCGACCCGAGGCUCAAGGAACCACAUAUGCUCAAGCUGCUCAACGAUUUCACGCAGCUCGCCGAGAAGCUGAUCGAGCUGUGCAACAAACCUAUAGUUGGCAGUGGAUCGACGACAACAGUAUCGGCUCUAGUCCGCACCUUGCCCCGCCUGCUAGCCAGCGAUAACUUCAGCCACAUAAUGAUGCCUUUCCAAGAGUUCUGCAAGAUAGUCUUACCGUCCAAGGCGGCGCGACAGGAAAGGAUAGACUUCAACAUUCCCGCUACACCGCCCGUGUACCUCGCGGGUAUAGAGGAACAUAUCACCAUUUUACCGUCGCUGCAGAAGCCGAGGAAAGUCACGUUGAAAGGCUCCGACGGAAAGGCCUACAUCAUCAUGUUGAAGCCACGAGAUGAUCUCAGAAAAGACUACCGUCUGAUGGAAUUCAAUGUAGUCGUCAAUAGAUUCCUACAGGAUGCACCAGAGACGCGCCGUCGCCGACUGUACAUAAGGACGUACUCGGUUCUUCCUCUAAAUGAGGAGUGCGGCGUUAUAGAAUGGGUGCCUAACCUGGUCGGACUGAGGCCUAUCUUGCUUCAUAUUUAUAAACAAAAAGGUAUUCAUACAAGUAACCGCGAGUUGAAAGAGAUGAUGUGUGCCAAAAACGACCCGUUCGAUAAAAAGAGACGCAUGUACGAAGAUAAACUCUUGCCUCGGCAUCCGCCCGUCUUCCAGGAGUGGUUCCGAAGAGUGUUCUCAGACCCGUACGGCUGGUACCAGGCUCGAUCUGCUUACAUAAGGACGACUGCAGUUAUGUCGAUGGUUGGAUAUAUCUUGGGCCUCGGCGACAGACACGGCGAGAACAUAUCCUUCGACUCAACCAACGGUGACUCCGUGCACGUGGACUUCAACUGCCUGUUCAACAAGGGCGAGUCCUUCGAGUGGCCUGAACGCGUGCCCUUCAGGCUGACACACAACAUGGAGGCCGCUAUGGGGCCGCUGAAACAUGAGGGCAUGUUCAGGAAAAGCUGCGAAGCAGUGAUGCGAGCACUUCGAGCUCAGACCGCCGCCCUAAUGUCCGUGAUUGGUCCGUUCGUGUACGAUCCGCUGGUGUCAUGGGGUCGCGCGCGACCCAUGGACUGCGGGGAGCGGACUAAUGAGCAGGCCUUACAGCAUCUUAUACAUAUCAGACAGCGGCUGAACGGACUGGUAAAGACAAAAAAUAUGCAGCUGUCCCUGUCACUCUCUCCCGAAGGGCAAGUGGAGCACCUCAUAGUCGAGGCGACUAGUGUUGUGAAUCUGUGCCAAAUGUACAUAGGGUGGGGACCAUUCCUGUGAUUGCUCUAAUUAAAGUGCCU